AUGAAUGAUUCUGUCUGUCGCUGUGUGGAGUCGGCAUACAUUGGUGUUUUUGCUUCACUGGAGUCAAGUUAUCGUCAUGUGCAUUUAUUUACGGAAAAAUUGUUACUUUUUGCGCGUCCUGUCUCGUUGUCUGUGACGUUACCAUUUCUGGGCGAAACCACUCCGAAAUCUGCAUUUUCUAAUUCACCUUUCUCCCCUCGCACUGUGCUAGCAAAAGACUAUGGCCAACUUCUGAAACAGGUGGAUAUUUUCUGGGUUAAGGUUGGGUCACAGCUCCAUUCCUUCGGUGAAAAUAUUGAUGAACCGGUUGUUUUAUCAACUCUGCAAAAUGAGAUCUCAGUACUCUCUGGGUUGAUUGCUGAGGUAAAUGAAAAAACUGACAAUAUAUAUCACCUUACGAGGCAGAGCUUUGCAGGGUCGAUUGACAAGGUAGCCUACAAAGCGCUGAAGAUUGAGCAUUUGAAGCUGAAAAAAAUUUCCCGACGUCUAUACAAUGUUCAGGAGUUGAUGAGUCACUUGGAAGGCCGGAUGGCGGAAAAACCCUGGUUCGACCUCUCCUCUGGGAGGGCUGACAUCGUGGCGUCUUCUGUAGGCAUGGUAUCUGAUCUAAUUGGCGGUGUUCACGAGGUCUGGCUGAAACAGCUGGAACUGCGGGAGAUUUCCAAACUAACCUUUACCAAACAUGACCCUAAUCAGCCAUUGUCAGUGGAGUUCAGUCCUCCAAAGCCCAAUUCUAAUUCGCUCUCCCUGUCCAUCUCCUCCAACGUGGUUCCGCACGCCGGUAGUAGCGUUAGCGGACUGUGUUGCUGGCGGCAGCGUCUGCGAACCUCAAAGUCAGAUUCAUGUCUUCAAUGCAUGCAAUGGCUGAGGCAUCCCGAAAGAGGCUACCACCACUGCAGCCACUUCACAGUGAGUGGAGAGUCGGGUUUUGUCAGCGACUCGGAUAAUGCUUGGCGUCAACGUCACUGUUACCAACGCCUCCACAAACCGUCUGUUUGUCUCGUUGAACAACGCAUUCGACAUCACUUUCGUUCUCUCUCUUUCCCUCUUCCCAUCAAUUUAUUACGAUGCCUUCUCAUCUCGCAGCCUUCUGAAUCCUCCAAAGGUAAUAGCGUUCCUUCCAACUGUGGAGCCAGGCGCUUAUAUGAGCAGCAGGCCGAACACGCGCAUCGAACCCUGUCUUUUCCCAAAUGUGGCGUGCACGAGAAAUAUCCAUUGAUUCAUCUAUCUGCUCUUCAGCUUGCUUACGAGUGUUAUGCGCCAUUCUCCGAGUGUCUUGUCAAUAGUUAUUUCGCCAAGGCAGGAGGUAGCGACGAAUCAAGCACAAGCAAUCAAGUGAGUUCUUUCGAGGAGUGCACUCCAAUCAAGGCUAAACAGUGCCACCAUGCCUCGGAGAACCCAGCAUUUAUCUUCCCACAUCAUUCCCCUUUAAAUUCAGGGAUGUCACAUUCCCUGAUUGCUGUCAGUCCAAUCCACUCCUCGACUUGGAAGUAUUCUCAAGAUUGUGACUUAGCGGCGGACGAAAGACCGGGAGCACCGGGUGGCUCAGUUCUUGACAAAACACGAUGUCAAUCCUCGCUGCAGGCCUGCGACUCCACCUUUUCGAUACUCUCCUCUACCAACGUCGACGAGGAUGACAACGAUAACGAUGUGGAAAAUGUUGCUGUUGGAGUGGCGUUGGCGGGAGCGGAGGAGGAGGACUCUGCCCUCAUCACUUCACCCACUUCUUACUCCUUUCCUCAUGAUAGUGACAAUGAGGUCGAUGAAAAGGAGGAUGACGAUCUCUUUGCACAUCUCUACCUUGGGAACGAAUAUAAGGGACGGCGCUGCUUGUCUAGGAGUCUUCCCAGUCUCUUGGACACGCGACCUGUGGGGUGGAGCAUAUUACGGUCAUUUGAGGGGUCCUUUGGGGAACAGCAACAAGGCGGUGACACCACAGAGGAGGCUUAUGUGCCCAUCAUCAUGCUCAGUGAAGAGGCUGAGGACGAGGUGGAGGGAGGAGACACCACACUCGGUGUUGAAUCGCAUUUAGAAGUGGGUGCCGGAGACGCUCUCAGUCGCCUCGCCUGGUCCCCGCUUAGUUGCCGCUCCGAGGAUUUGGCCAGUCUGGCCGCUGCACUGCGACUGUCACCGGCAGACUCGGAGAAGCUUUCGAAAGUGUUGCGUGAUGGCUCUGAGGUGGCAAGUUGGUUGUCGAGUCUCGAGACGUCUCUCUACGUGCCUACCAAAGCCUCUGAUAUCUUAUCCUCCUCCGACCUGCUCUGCCGCCUCCGUCCUGAGCUUAGUCGGGUAGAGUUGGACAAGCACCUCAGCGAACUCCAGUAUUACUCCGGACGGUUGGAACGCUGGCAUCAGGAGGUGAACACGUUGAUUAAGAGGCACAAGGCACGUCUCCUAAAACUCGAACCCCAGGCCAAUAAACUGCUGGCAUCCGACCACGGCUUCCUCACCCUCUUUCCGAGCUGGCUUGACAUGAUCGCUUCCAGGCGUACGGAGGUAGAACGAGAGUUACAGUCGCAGGUGCAUCUGCUAGACUACAUAAAUUGUGUCACCUCUGAUACCAAGAAAAAGCUACAGGAGAUUGAAAAUCAGGCUGAGCCGGCUAUAUCUGAAGCCCAGUGCGUUGUGAAACAAUUGGGAGGCUCAAACACCCCAUCAAUUGGUGUCUUCACUGACUGUUACCAAUCAAGUAGAUCGUAUUUUCGAAGAGGCGCGCCGAAUAUCCCUGCACUGACCGAAAGACUCCAGGAUCUGCUGGAGCGUGCUUCCGAGUUGGAUCCCUGUAGCAGCCUCCUCCGUCAACCGUCGAUUGAGGCGCUUUCCGACAAUCAGAUCCUUCGAGCUCGUCUGAGAUCCUCGUUGGCUAGCCUACACAAUCUCUCCUCUCUAUCUCCCUCCAUCUGCUUUGCACCACAACACCAACAAACUAGCAAUCGUCGCACCAAUGUUUCGCCCCCUCGACACUCUUCACUGAGGUGGGACCCACGGAAGGUUCGCUACGUGGCGUUACUCUUCACUAUCGUGUCACUUUUCUGCUACACACUUCUCCAGCUCGGUUGGUACAGCACCGAAGAGGCAAAACACUGGUGCAACCGCGACUGCUUUGUCUGCUUUGCCUCGGUGUGGUCGCGCUCCCUUUGCAUUACUAUCCCUCCCCUCUCCUACUCAACCGUCUCUUCCUCUCCCUGCUGCUUUUACCCACCUCCAACGUAA